UCUCCAAGAUAUAUAUAAGAGAGAUCAUGCUGCAAAACAGCACAUAUCCCUGCAAUUGCAUUGAUCGUAACGUCAACCUGCUGAAAUGGCACCUUUCCUUUUAUUUCUCUUCCCUCUCCUUGGUCUUUCAUGUAAGUAUACGAAACCAUGCACCUAAUUAGAUCAUCACCUUGCUAUAUAGUAAUAAGUUAAUAACCCUAAAUUUCAUGUUUCACUACAUUUUUUUUUUCUGUAUUUGAAUACAGUUGCAGAGAUCUCAAGCAAAAUUGGCAUAAACUAUGGGCGGCUAGGCAACAAUUUGCCGUCUGCAAAUCGGUCUAUCGAGCUCCUCAUGGCCAUGAACGCAGGGCGUGUGAAACUCUAUGACGCAGACCCGGAAAUCCUAAAACUCUUAUCUGGAACGAAUCUCCAAGUCUCAAUUAUGGCAAACAAUGAAAUCUCAACCAUUGCAUCAGAUCAAACCAAAGCCGAUGAAUGGGUCCGAAACAAUGUCCUCCCCUAUUACCCCGAAACCAUGAUCCGGUACCUCCUCAUAGGCAAUGAAGUCCUUAGUUACAACUCCUCGGACCAAGAUCGCCAAAUGUGGUACGAUCUAGUCCCUGCCAUGAGUAAAAUUAAGUCCUCCCUCAAAUCACAAAACAUCACAAACAUCAAAGUAGGUACCCCAUUGGCCAUGGAUGCGUUGCAAUCAACAUUUCCACCAUCAAAAGCCACGUUUCGGGCUGAUAUAUCUGAUACGGUCAUGGCUCCGAUGCUGAGAUUCUUGAACCGGACCAAGUCCUUUUUCUUCAUUGAUGUGUACCCUUUUUUCCCAUGGUCUUCAAACCCUGGCAACAUUAGCCUAGACUUUGCAUUAUUUAGAGGAAACAGUACCAUGGAGUACACUGACCCGGGAACUGGGUUGGUCUACACUAACCUCCUAGACCAAAUGCUUGACUCAUUGAUCUUUGCCAUGACCAAGCUUGGGUACCCCAACAUCCGGCUGAUCACGGAAACCGGCUGGCCUAGUUCUGGGGACAUUGAACAACCCGGUGCUAAUAUACACAAUGCCGCCACAUAUAACCGCAAUUUGAUACACAGAAUGGUUGCAAAACCACCUCUUGGAACACCAGCUAGGCCUGGUGUUGUCAUACCUACAUUCAUAUUUUCAUUGUUCGAUGAAAAUCAAAAGACAGGACCAGGGACGGAGAGGCACUGGGGUUUGUUGCAUGCUGAUGGAACUCCCAUUUAUGACGUUGACUUGACAGGGAAGCGGCCGUUGGAGGACUACGAGCCCUUGCCGGAGGAGGAAAACAACAGGCCAUACAAGGGCGCGGUGUGGUGCGUGGUGGCGAAGGGUGUGAGUGUGAAUGACGAAGAACUGGGGUCGGCUGUAAACAAUGCGUGCAUUGCAGGGAAUGCCAGUGGGGCGUGUGAUGCUCUUUCACCAGGAAAGGAGUGUUAUGAACCGGUUUCGUUGACCUGGCAUGCGAGCUAUGCUUUCAGCUCGUACUGGGCCAAGUUUAGGAGCCAGGGAGCUACUUGCCAUUUCAAUGGGCUGGCUGAGCAAACAUCUCUGGACCCAAGUCAUGGAUCUUGCAAGUUCCCUAGUGUGAUUUUUUGAAGAUUAUCAUAAAAUGCUGCUCUUAAAAAUAAAAGCAGCUGGUCAGGCUAAAACAAUAUUGCAAGAGAUGGUGUCUCAAUUGUUAGAUUUGAAAGCAUAACUGUAACAGAUGAACGUUAAUUUGCUUGUUAUUAAUUUAUAUGUAACUGAGAAAAUGUUGCUUUUGUUCAAUGCAACUCUUCAAUUAUCCGUUUUUGUUCA